AUGCUGGCGGCGGGCGGCAAGAAGGGCGCGGAGGCGGCGGCGGGCGGCGAGACCGGGCCGGAGGCGCCGGUGCCCCCGCCCGCCGCCGCGGGGGCUCUGGGCUCCUCUUCCGAUAGCGGCGGGGCUGCGGAGCGCACGCCCCGCAAGAAGGAGCCGCCGCGGGCCUCUCCCCCGGGUGGGGGGUCCGAGCCGUCGGCCACCGGGGCCACCCCUGCGCCCGGCGCCGAAACCACCGGCAUCGCCGAGACCCCCGAGGGCCGCAGGACCAGCCGCCGCAAGCGGGCUAAAGUGGAGUACAGAGAGAUGGAUGAGAGUCUUGCAAACCUGUCAGAAGAUGAGUAUUACUCUGAAGAAGAGAGAAAUGCUAAAGCUGAGAAAGAGAAAAAACUACCCCCACCACCUCCACCAGCUCCUGCAGAAGAAGAGAAUGAAAGUGAGCCAGAGGAGCCAUCUGGGCAAGCAGGAGGACUUCAAGACGACAGUUCUGGAGGGUAUGGAGACGGCCAAGCAUCAGGUGUGGAGGGCGCAGCUUUCCAGAGUAGACUUCCACAUGAUCGUAUGACAUCUCAAGAAGCUGCCUGCUUCCCUGAUAUAAUCAGUGGGCCACAGCAGACUCAGAAGGUGUUUCUGUACAUCAGGAACCGCACCCUGCAGCUCUGGUUGGAUAACCCAAAGAUUCAGCUGACAUUUGAAGCAACUAUCCAACAAUUAGAAGCACCUUAUAAUAGUGACACGGUGCUCGUUCACAGAGUUCACAGCUACCUGGAGCGGCAUGGGCUGAUCAACUUUGGGAUCUACAAAAGAGUGAAGCCUCUUCCAACCAAGAAGACUGGAAAGGUGAUCAUUAUCGGUUCUGGAGUCUCUGGGUUGGCAGCAGCUCGCCAGUUGCAGAGUUUUGGAAUGGAUGUCACAGUUCUGGAAGCCAGAGACCGAGUGGGAGGAAGAGUCGCCACCUUUCGCAAAGGGAACUACGUUGCUGAUCUGGGAGCAAUGGUGGUGACAGGACUGGGAGGAAAUCCCAUGGCUGUGGUCAGCAAACAAGUGAAUAUGGAAUUGGCAAAGAUCAAACAAAAAUGCCCACUUUAUGAAGCAAAUGGACAAGCUGUUCCCAAAGAGAAAGAUGAAAUGGUGGAGCAAGAAUUUAACCGUCUUCUGGAAGCCACAUCCUAUCUCAGUCAUCAGCUGGAUUUUAAUGUUCUCAAUAAUAAACCUGUCUCUCUAGGUCAGGCUCUGGAGGUUGUCAUACAGUUGCAGGAGAAGCAUGUGAAGGAUGAACAGAUAGAACACUGGAAAAAAAUUGUGAAAACACAGGAAGAAUUGAAAGAUCUUCUUAACAAGAUGGUGAAUUUAAAAGAGAAGAUUAAAGAACUUCAUCAGCAGUAUAAGGAAGCAUCAGAUGUGAAGCCACCUCGGGAUAUUACAGCGGAGUUUCUUGUGAAAAGCAAACACAGAGAUCUCACUGCACUUUGCAAGGAGUAUGAUGAAUUGGCAGAAACACAAGGAAAGCUGGAAGAGAAAUUACAAGAACUAGAAGCGAAUCCACCAAGUGAUGUUUAUUUGUCAUCAAGAGACAGACAAAUACUUGACUGGCAUUUUGCAAACCUAGAAUUUGCUAAUGCUACACCCCUCUCUACACUUUCACUGAAGCACUGGGACCAGGAUGAUGAUUUUGAAUUCACAGGCAGUCACUUGACUGUGAGGAAUGGAUAUUCCUGUGUGCCUGUAGCCUUGGCAGAAGGGUUGGAUAUCAAAUUAAACACAGCAGUUCGACAGGUUCGCUACACAGCAUCAGGCUGUGAAGUAAUAGCUGUAAAUACACGGUCUACCAGCCAGACCUUCAUUUAUAAGUGUGAUGCUGUGCUGUGCACUCUGCCCUUAGGAGUGUUGAAACAGCAGCCUCCAGCAGUUCAGUUUGUGCCCCCUCUUCCAGAGUGGAAAACUUCUGCAGUGCAGCGUAUGGGAUUUGGCAACCUGAACAAGGUUGUGUUAUGUUUUGAUCGUGUCUUCUGGGAUCCAAGUGUCAAUUUGUUUGGCCAUGUUGGGAGCACUACUGCAAGCAGAGGAGAACUCUUCCUCUUUUGGAACCUGUACAAAGCGCCAAUUUUGUUGGCCUUAGUAGCAGGAGAGGCAGCGGGGAUCAUGGAGAACAUCAGUGAUGAUGUCAUCGUUGGUCGGUGCCUCGCUAUCCUCAAGGGCAUAUUUGGCAGCAGUGCUGUGCCCCAGCCUAAAGAGACCGUGGUGUCCCGCUGGCGAGCCGACCCCUGGGCCCGGGGGUCGUACUCCUAUGUAGCAGCUGGAUCCUCUGGAAAUGACUAUGAUUUGAUGGCUCAGCCAAUUACUCCAGGGCCAGCCAUUCCAGGUGCUCCACAGCCCGUUCCACGCCUGUUCUUCGCGGGAGAGCACACCAUCCGCAACUACCCCGCCACGGUGCACGGGGCACUGCUGAGCGGGCUGCGCGAGGCCGGGCGCAUCGCAGACCAGUUCCUGGGGGCCAUGUACACCCUGCCGCGCCAGCCCGCACCCCCCGCGCCCCCGCAGCAGGCGGCCAGCCUGUGAGGGCAGGGAGGCUCGGCACAGGAACCCCACGGUGCUGCUGCUGUGGAUCUGGGAUGGAGACACUUCCACAGUCCCCGGCAGAGUCUGCGAGAGGACCUGAGUUACUGCACGACGCUGGUGUGAGAAUGGCCUUACAGAAGCUCGCUGAGCCCUGGGCUCGGCAGCCUUCUGAAAACCUUAGAGCUGUUUGAAGGGACAGUGUAAACAGAAUCCUUUACUGUGAAGCUGGUGAGGGACUUUGAUUCUGCAGAUACUUUUUGAAAGUCAGGCUUAUAGCUGGAGAUUUUUUAGGAUGGGGUUUUUUUCUACCUAUGUGUGUAUUUACAAUUUGGUAAUUGCACAAAGCCCUCUAAAAGCUGGUUGCUACAAAUAGUAACUUAGUGUAGAAUUUAUGUAAACUUCUUUGUGGUUUUUCUGUGGUUUUGUUUUGAAGACUAAUAUUUUUGACCAAUUCUAUUCCUGUCUGGUUUUGAGAAUUUGGGGCAACUGUUUACCUAUCAGUAACAGCAAAUCACAUUCCUUUCAAAAUAGUCCAUUGGCUGCUACACCAUCUGCAUCCUGUUGCAGAGAAUAAGUUGGUAUCAUUGAGCAUGCUAAGCAUACUGUUUUAUUAAAUAAUUUCAACAAAAGAAA